AUGUCGAGUAAUAUACCAGCUGGACUUCGAUCGGCAGACAUCGGUCGAUUUGCAAUCAGGGCAGCUCAGAUCGAGAAGGCCAAACCUGUGGUUGCCUACUGGUGCAAUUUCCAUAUUGUGAACCAGAUUAUUGAAAGGGGUCUGCAUAAUGCCGACGACGAGAUCAAACUCUACACGACGAACCUCGUGGACAAGCUGGAGCAAUUCAAAGUAGAAAACCCAGAUAAUGAUACAGUGACAGACACUGUUGCGGCGAGCGCCUAUGUCGAACAAUUCGGAUUGGAGGUCUUCAGUCGUGCUGAGGCCGCUAUGAACGCCAACAAACAGCGGCUACAUUCCUUGAACUUUGUUCGAUCUGGGGGCCCCCUUGACCCAGAACUUGCUGGGCGGAUCAAAUUCGCCAAGUUCCACGCGGUCCGGAUCGUUAAAGCUCUCAAAGCCGGCGAAGAUCCUAACGCAACAAAUCCCGUGCCAAAACAGGAAGAAGAACUCGCCGACGACCCUGACGUCCAGGCAUUUGAUGAGUCGGUAGCGGAGCAGGCCUCUAAGCCAAGACAGGCCUCUAUCGAAGAGAUCCCAGACGAGUCCGACCGAUUUGGACGAGAGCUAGCUCGGAAAUCGACUCUUGAUGAAUCGCUUCAUCCAUCACGCACAUCGUCAACGCCUCGCGGCCCGCCCGAGAUCCCUUCUGUCCCUCGCAACGCACCUGGUUCUCCUCUGCAACCGAUGGAUGUUGAUGAUACCAAUACAGGCGGCUUAGAACUCCCAUCAACUCCAGCAACCAUUGGCGGUUCAUCCUCAGUACCUAGACUUCCAGAUACCCCGACUGCAUUCCAGUCUUUCCCUCCGCCGUCCGAGGAACCAUCCGUCCCCACGCCAGAUCCAGCUUCGUUCUACAAUACCCCAGGUCCUAGUGCUCCUAUCCCGCCCCCGGUUGCUCCGGCAUUUGUUCCGCCCCCAGCUGCCAACGUCCCGGUUGCUCCGGCUCCCUAUGUUCCGUCGCAACCAUCACAUGGUCUAGAUGAUAACACUGUGCAGUUGGCGCAGAAGCAUGCUCGUUGGGCGGUUUCUGCUUUGACUUUUGACGAUGUUGAUACCGCUAUUAAGGAGCUCAGAAGCUCGCUGAAGUGUCUAGGCGCAUCAUGA